AAUACUUCAACAGUAAUGUUGCUCCUCAUUAGGAAAACACCUGCAGGCCAGGAGCGGCCUCGAGCUCACUGACCCCAGACUUUAGCUAAGCACCGGUCAAACCGGGCUCUCUGGGGGUAUAAAGCCAACACGUCCGCCUGAAAAGAUCCUAACUAAAAAAUAAAUCCAAGAUUCAGGUACAAAACCAGCCUGUUUAUCAUGGAAGAUGGGGCUGGUUCAGAAGACAGGCUGUACUCUGGCCCUCUGUCCCAGGCAGCCAAAAAGAUCCUGGCAGUUCUGCGGACCAACAGUCUCGUCCAGCCCAAAUGCAAACAACCCUUUACUAGUCAACGAAGUGAAACCAAGUGCAGCCAAAGUGGGUCUUGGGCUCUGAACUGCACCAGUCAGGAGAAAGAGAAAGAUGAGUUCCCCUAUCAGCCCCAGGUCCUCUGCCUUUCCACUCCCGAGAUGAUCUCUCAGACCUCUUCCUCCUGUCAAAGACCAGACAGCUCCUUACCAUCCCAGACCUCCCCCUGUUUGUCCAUCUGUCUGGGUUCCUCCCUCCAAAGGCAGACUCCUCAAACAGUGACGUAUUAUCAGCUCUCACAGACAUUUUCCAUCAGAAAUCCAUCAGAGUCUUCUUCAUACUUGUCCAGCAGGGCCCCUCUGUUUUCUCAGCAUAGGGCUCUGGAGUCAGAGGCAUCCAUCUGUGGAAAAGAGAGCUCUCCUUUCUCAAAUCAAGAAGGAGAUGGAACUUCUAAACCCCAAACUAUACCCUCCAGAAAUCCUCAUAGAAGAACAGAGCCAUCUUUCACUUUUGGUAAAUCAUCAGAUGAGGAGAUCUUCAGUAAAAUGUUGUCUACUACACCAAAACAUCUGCCAAUAUGUCCUGAAGUCUUUCAAGAGUCAGAUAAACCGUCAGAUGAAGGGAACCACUCUGUAAAGGAAAUGGACAUCUCUGGUGCUUCAUUCAGUCCAGGAAAGUGGAAACAGUCUAACCUUGUUGAAGAAACUGCCUCUGGAACGGAAAUACACUUUCAGAUGUCAGAGUCUAAGGCAUUUGAACCAGAACAUGUACUAACUUUUGCAAACGUGCCUGAAGCUGAGGAGAGGAACCACACAGAGUUGGAGUUUGGAUCUUUACAUGUUCAGCUGGAAGACACCGGUACCUGUUAUCCAAAAAGACAAACAGUGGGAGGUGAAAGUGACCACAGAGCAGUGGAACAGACUGAGUUACGCUCUAAGCUGAUGAUGGAGAGAGGACAGCUCCAAUGUUCUGACAUCCAGCUGCAAAAGAAAGAGUGUGAGAGAAACUGUGAAGAGUCACAUCCAACAGACGCGGAGACAGGGAAGACGAGACAGGGCAGACAUGUUCAACUUUUCUGUCAUGAUCAGAGGAGUCCCUCAGCUGAGGUUUCAGAUGGAGAGUGGUGUCUCGUGCCAACAUUGUCCCAGGUGUGUGGGACACAACCAUCAGUGUUCAGAGCUCCAUGUCUCCUUGACAACCAACAGCACGGUGCCAAUGAACAUAGCUCUAAUGGAAGCAGCAGAGAGAGCACAUCAAGCUUGAUGCUAAACUCAUCAGACACUAUUGCUGCUGGACCUAACCUCUCCUCAGUGCAUGAAGUUACUUUAGCUGCUUCUGUGCCAACUAAAGAACUGGAAGACCACAGCCUACAUAGUUACCAGAGCCAGUCAUAUCAUCUUUCUCUUCCUUCAUCCCUUUUCUUAAAGAGGAAGUGUGAUGUUUCUCAACAACAGUAUGGAGUCCCUCCUUUGAAAAUGUACCGACCAAGAUUUCCUCCAAACUGGGAUUCUUUUUUUCCACACAAGAGAAUGGCAGAAGGAAGAACGAGUGUGCCGAUGAGCGCAGAGUUUGUUCCUCAAACAACGCCUUCAGUCCAGACUAAAAACAGUCAUUUUACAGAACACAGACAGCUUCUCGUUCCAACACAAACUCAACACUAUUUUGAAACAUUUCAAGGUCAGUACAGGGAAACUGAGAAGGAUGCUUGUAAGCAGACCCUAUCGUACAAAUCGCGCAAGAGCAUGUCGCACAAAUGUAGCAUUGACCCGCCUGCAAGUGGUGUGAAAACUUUACCUGAGGCUGUUAGUAAUAUUGAUCUACAGAGCCAGUUUAAAAAGGGCUGCCUGCCUUCAACGCUGAUGUCUGACUCAAGAGUCACCGAUCUUGGGAAGCUUAACUCUGAAGAAAGGAUACACAUUCUUCAGAAAGCCAAACAAUCUGAAGUGCUGGUGCUGACUAUGUGGUACCAAGAUGGAACAACUCAGUUGGACCCUGAAGGGAAGCUGGCUUCACAAGUAUGCGGCCUCCUCAUACUGAUGAAGAGCGAGUCUUGCUGCAGCACACCUGAGGACUCACUUGGAUUGAAAGACAGCCUGGUCUACUUAACACUCAAGCACAUUCACGUUUGGGUGCAAGAUCAAAGGGACCACGAUGAGGAGCAAUUUACAAGAGAUUUACUUCUACAAGUUAUAUCAAGAUCUCCGCUGGCGGUGUGCUAUAAGGCAAAGGAUUUGCUUCGUACUGUUCUUCAGUUUUACAAGGAAGACAGCUGGAAACAGGUUUCAGGUUGUCAAAUCCAGGAUCCACAGGUGUCAGGGUGGCUAUUGGAUCCUGCAGAUCAGGCAGCUUGUUACCAGGAUCUCCUUUAUAAACACUGCAAAAAGGCCCGCAGCACACACAGUCUAGGGCCCAAAAAGGUUUCUCAGAUCCUUUCAGAUCUCUGUUGGCUUCACAAGCUUCACAUGAUCUUAUGUUCUAAACUGCAGAGCCGGGGGUUGUGGAAGCUCUACACAGAUGUUGAGUUGAAAAUGAUCCCAGUUCUAGCAGCCAUGGAGAGUCACUGUAUCUAUGUGGACAAAGAGACUUUGAAGAAAAUGUCUGACUUGCUUGGGACUAAACUCAAACAGCUGGAGCAGGAGGCCCACCAAGCAGCUGGGCAAAGAUUCCUGGUGACAAGCAGCAGUCAGUUAAGAACAGUUUUAUUUGAGAAAUUGCGCCUCCAUGAAUAUUGUGAGAACAAGAAGCUUCCCAAGACCAUCAACAAGCAACAGUCAACAUCAGAGGCUGCACUGCUGCAGCUCCAGGACCUGCACCCAUUGCCAAAAAUCAUCCUGGAGUACAGACAGGUUCACAAAAUCAAGUCCACUUUCAUAGAUGGGAUUCUAACCUGCAUGAAGAGCAAGAACUACAUUUCCUCGACAUGGUGCCAAACAAGUGCUGUUACAGGGAGGAUUUCUGCUAAACACCCUAACUUCCAGGCUUUACCGAAGCAGCCACUUCAAAUCACCAAGAAGCUCUUCGUCCAUGGAGGCGCGGAGGAGGUGGUGACUGUUCAUCCCAGGGCCAUGUUUGUUCCUCACAAGGGAUGGACUUUUCUUGCUGCAGACUUCUGCCAGGUGGAGCUGCGUCUGCUUGCUCACUUCUCAUCUGACCCUGACCUGCUCCACCUUUUUACCAUCCCACAGGCUGACGUCUUCACCAUGCUAGCAGCUCAGUGGAAAGGGUUAAACAUGGAAGAUGUGAGUUCUGAGGACAGGGAACAUGCUAAACGCAUCAUUUACUCUGUUAUUUAUGGAGCAGGUCGUGAGCGUCUGUCAGGAAUAUUGGGGGUCAGUGCUGAGCAGGCUAGCCAGUUCCAACACCGUUUCCUCCAAACCUACAGAGAUGUCCAGACCUUUAUCCAGAAAACCAUCCAGCAGAGCCACAAACAGGGAUACGUGCUUUCCAUUAUGGGUCGCCGUAGAAACCUUCCCGACAUUAACUCCCCAGACUGGGGGGUACGCAUGCAGUCUGAGAGACAGGCUGUCAACUUUGUUGUGCAGGGUUCAGCUGCUGAUCUCUGUAAGAUGGCCAUGAUCAGAAUUUUUAACCUGGUUUCCACUUCCAGCUCACUCACUGCCAGGCUUGUAGCCCAGCUCCACGAUGAGCUUCUCUAUGAAGUAGAAGACUCCCAGCUGGAACCGUUUGCAACUCUGGUGAAAAGCACAAUGGAGUCCCUUCAGCACAUUGAUCAUCUAGGGGUCCAUCUUAAAGUCCCCCUGAAGGUGGCAGUCUCCAGCGGAAAGACUUGGGGAUCCAUGUCUGAAUUUAACAUCCCUCUAAUGCCCCCCUCCUCUUAAAUUACCCUCUCUUCAAUCACCUCCACCACCACAGCCAUUUAUCAAAUCUAUCUUUUGUCAUAUUCAUAAUCAUACUCCCUUUUUGUCCCCAUCCCUCCACCAUCUCUCGGCCCCUCGUUCCAUUUCUCCUUUCCUCUCAACAUGCCCUGCAUCCCUGUCACUAUGGAAACCAGGCAGCAGCAGCAGCUUACAGUUUUUUCUUUCACUCCAUCCGUAUCCGGGGGCAACAGAGUAGCCAGAAACUGGAUUACACCGGUUCUUUUUUUUUUCCUGUCUUCACAUCCUCUCCAUCCUUACUUUCCUCUCCUCCUCUAUUUUCACACCAUUACAACAUGAACAAAAAUCUGUCUUUGUUUCAAGUUUUGUGUUUGAGAAAACAUUUGUUCAUUAGUUUAGAAAAGUGGUUGAUGCUAAUUCAUUUAAGCACUGUAUUUAUUCUUCCUAGUUAAUCUAAAUAAUACUUACUACAAGUUUCUUAAAUUCAUUUAUGGAUCUUAUUAGUUUUUCAUGUGCUAAUGAUCUAUUCCUAGAUGUUUGCAACAAUAGAAGCAGCACAAUUACCUUCAACUCUUGACACUCUCAAUGAUCAGUUAAGCGGAGCUUAAUCAAAGGAACAUUUUUCUUUUCUUAUCUUUGGCUCAGCUUUUCACUCUCUGGCUAAUCUUUCAUCAGCUCUUCAGCUCCAGCCCACUCAUUCGUUUUGCAUUGUGGAUGCCUGCUCUCACACCUAGCAAAUGCUCUCCAUCAUCAGAGGCAUCCAGGCAUAUCACAUUCACCAGCUUCCAGACACACUGACCGACUUUACUUGGGUUUUAUAUCUACAUCUAAUAUUCUUUUUGCCUCUCUUAUUGUUAAAAUCUUUACACAAACACUUUGAGACAUUUCAUGCAGUCUAAAUGAAUACCACCUCAUGUUGGUUUAUAAUUGUUGUAUUUGUAACUUUAAAAUUAAAGCAGAUUUUUUCCUUGGAUUUAUA